CUCUUCACUCGCUGCUGCUGAGCUCGGUCUCGACAUCUCUCUCCACAGCUCAGCUGUGAGUGACUGUAUCAGCGGCCGCUGUCAAGACACAAGGGGACGUCAGGCUGCGGCAGUUAAACGGAAAAACUCCACGGGAAAUAAUGCGUCACAAUAAACACUAACCUCCCCCCCCAACGGAAGGAACCGCAGCAUUUUACCGUUCGAGAGGAGUGACUGUCCGCCAUGUUGUGCAGGCUGAGGACCACAUGGUCCCUGAGGCCCUGCGUCUCUGUUUGCAGAUGGGUUCACACCAAAGAGAAGGGCAAGCCCCUCAUGCUCAACCCUCGUACCAACAAAGGCAUGGCCUUCUCUCUGCAGGAGCGACAGAUUUUGGGCAUACAUGGUCUGUUGCCGCCCAAAGUUGAGACUCAGGACAUUCAGGCCAUGCGUUUUCAGAAAAACCUUAAGAAAAUGACUGAUCCCCUUGAAAAGUACAUCUACUUGAUGGGCAUCCAGGAAAGAAAUGAGCGGCUUUUCUACAGGGUGUUGAUGGAAGACAUAGAGGAACUGAUGCCAAUCGUCUACACUCCAACUGUGGGCUUGGCCUGCACACAAUAUGGACACAUCUUUAGAAGACCAAAAGGCUUGUUCAUUUCCAUUUUGGACAAAGGACAUGUUCGCUCCAUCCUGGACAACUGGCCAGAGACAAAUGUUUCAGCAGUUGUAGUAACUGAUGGAGAGCGUAUUUUAGGAUUGGGGGACCUAGGUGUUUAUGGAAUGGGCAUCCCUGUUGGAAAACUUUGCCUGUACACAGCCUGUGCUGGCAUUAGACCUGAGAAGUGUCUGCCUGUGGUGAUAGAUGUCGGCACUAACAAUGAGACUCUCCUUAAAGACCCAAUGUACAUGGGCCUGUACCAGAAACGAGACCGCUCUCAGGCCUACGAUGAUCUGAUUGAUGAGUUCAUGGAAGCUGUGGUGGACAAAUAUGGACAGGACACAUUGAUCCAGUUUGAAGACUUUGGCAACCACAACGCCUUCCGCUUCCUCAGGAAGUACAGGGAGAAAUACUGCACCUUCAAUGAUGAUAUCCAAGGCACUGCGUCUGUAGCACUUGCGGGUCUGUUAGCUGCUCAGAGAGCUGUUGGCAAACCCAUUACUGAACACCGGGUGCUUUUCUUAGGAGCUGGAGAGGCUGCCCUUGGCAUUGCUAAUCUGAUUGUCAUGGCCAUGAUGGAAAUGGGGAUGUCUCAGUCUGAGGCCAGAACAAAGAUCUGGAUGUAUGAUAAAGAUGGAUUACUCGUAAAGGGCAGACAACAGGAAACAGACACCAAUCAGGAAGCAUUUGUCCAUGACUGUCCAGGAAAUGUACAAAGCUUCUUGGAUGCUGUCAAUGCCAUUAAACCCACAGCUAUCAUUGGUGUGGCCGGAGCCGGGCGCCUGUUCACCCAUGAUGUCAUUAAGGCCAUGGCUGCCCUGAAUGAGCGACCAAUCAUCUUUGCCCUGAGCAACCCAACCACUAAAGCAGAGUGCACGGCAGAGGAUGCCUACACACUCACUGAUGGCAGAUGUCUUUUUGCCAGUGGCAGUCCAUUCGGUCCGGUGACUCUGAGCGACGGCCGCGUCUUUACUCCAGGACAAGGGAACAAUGCUUACAUCUUCCCAGGUGUGGCCCUGGCUGUGAUCCUGAGUGGAGUGAGACACAUCAGUGACACAGUAUUCUUAGAGGCUGCCAAGACUCUUGCAGAGCAGCUGACGGAUAAAGAGCUGGAAGAAGGCAGACUCUACCCUCCACUGUCAAACAUCAGAGAGGUCUCUGUUCAGAUGGCAGUCAAGGUGGUGGAGUAUGUCUAUGCUAAUGGCAUGGCUUUCCGCUACCCUGAGCCUGUGGACAAGAACGCUUUAAUACGUUCCACAGCCUGGAACACCAACUACGACUCUUUCCUACCAGACACCUACGACUGGCCGGCUGUCAGCUACAGCCCCAAAGCUGACUAGAAGCAGAACAAACCCCUCACUGUUCACCAUGUUAUAAUGUCACACUCUUUCUCUGUCUCCUAUUUUGUUCUUCACCACAGAUCUUGCAAGAUGAUCAUAGUUUUGUUAGUGUUAAUAAGAAAAGGCAGCAGUCAUGACUCACUGCUUCUUAGUCGAUGCAUUUGCACUAACACAGUCUUAUUAGACCUGUGGGAAGGUAGAGCGAAAGGUGGCUCAGGGAAAGAUUGGGGCAUUUUCAUGGAAAUAGGCUUUCUCUCUUCACAUUACACUUGUUAUGACAUGUAACGCUUGCAUAGAAGGAGGUGGAGAGCCACCUGGUGGGAAAAGAGCAGUGUGGCCAUCUGUUGGCAGACUGAACUACUGUUAGUCACCAUCAUACACUUUUUAUGAUUUAUGUCAUGGUGACAUCAGCACCCAUUUUAUGUCUUACAGUGGGUACUUAAGAACAUAACAACCUAUCAUUUCAAUUUCACUGAGGGAAAUCAAUUAUGGUUAUUUAUUUUUGUUGUGAACACUCCUGAAGCAAAACUGUUGGCUGACGCUGAAAAACUCCAUCCCUUUCAAGUGCUUUGAUUAUAAUUGGCUACACAACUCUAUGCACAGGUUUCAAUGCACUUAGGUGUACAUUUAUUACACUGUAAGAGAAAAUGAUGAGUGUCGAUGAAGACGUUUCAUAUCCUAAUAACAUUUAAGGAAUCCUGCUGCUUGACAGCACAUCCAGUGUCCACUCUAGCAUUGUAUUUGUUUUUGUAGGGUGUCAUCGGUGCUAUUUUUGCUAUUAAUAAAUAUUAUAAAUAUCAGAUAAUACAUGAACCUUUAUUUUAACAAUAUUUCAUUUUUUCUGUAAAUGUACCGCUGCGGAAAUUGAAAGUGUAUUUAUUAACCCAAGUAUUGUAGAUGUGAAGUGUUGUAAUCAAGCCAUGAUGAAGAAAAAGAGCUUGUGUAGUAAAUCUAUUUUUGCUCCAUUUAGAAUCAGAUGACUCAUGAUGUACACUGUGAGAACAUUACAUUAUCGCCAUAACAAGAUGUUGACUGACUAGCCCUGUUGGGGAAAUGUCACCGACUGCUUGUCAUUUUGACAUUUAACUUAAGAGUCAAAAACAUCUGAAGUUGCUGAGUUAACAGUGCCUGAGAGAUUGUUUGCUACUGGCAAUAUAUUUUAACAGAGUAAAGAACAGUCACUGAUUAUAUUAAAAGUACUUUUAGCCUGUUUAAAUUGUAUACUGUCAUCAGUGUUCAUGUCUGUUAAGUCUCUGCACUCACCUAAAUGUAGAUGUUGCUCCGUGCUGCUGACAGAACUGAGACACCUCAACAAUUAAAUCUGCUCUUUGUUUUGUUCAAGAUGAAGUCAUUUUGUAGUAUUUAACGUGCAGCUUCUGCUUGUUUUCUACUCUAACUCAUAAUUUCAAAAGACUAUAUGAAGAAAUGUCUAAACCCCAUGUGUUGACUCGUGUCCUUUUGGUUGUUACUGACUGUAAUAUCACAAUGUGAGUGUUUACUGUUUUGUAUUCAGUGACAGGUUUGCUCCUGUAAUUCCUGUAGUUUCUGGGAGAAGUCUUCGACCUCCCUACAUAUGACAUGUAAAUGUUUAUUCUUGCCAUGCUCAAAGUUCCUGAAGUAGAUUUUUGUUGUACUCUCUCAGCAUUUGUAGUCAGUGAGCCCAUGCUUUUUCAGUUUAAAAAUAAAAUAAAUUUACAUCUGA